AGGUAUCCCAAUAAGCCGAGGAACCACUCCAAGACGCUCAAGUUCGCAGAGCUGUUCAAGGAGCUGUUCAACCCCCUCAACGACAACAAGAAGCAGCCUUCUGGCCCAUCAAUUCCCGCAAGCAAAAGGGGCCCUCAUGGACUGACAAAGCUAUCGCCUCAGGAGCAGAGGCGGCACAUCAUCGAGAGGUUCAUCACCAGAUGGAGAAAGGAAGUCGGCAAUGACUUUUACCCUGCUUUGCGACUCAUCCUGCCGGACAAGGAUCGAGAUCGCGGCGUCUACGGCCUGAAGGAGAAUGCCAUCGGGAAGCUUUUGGUGAAAUUGAUGAAGAUUGACAAGAACUCGGAAGAUGGCUACAAUCUCUUGCACUGGAAGCUGCCAGGCCAAACAACCGGCGCGCGUCUGGCGGGUGACUUUGCGGGCCGGUGCUUCGAGGUCAUCUCGAAACGGCCCAUGCGCACCCAAGUCGGAGACAUGACCAUUGCAGAGGUCAAUCAUCAACUGGAUAAGCUGGCUGCCUCGAGCGGAGAAGCUGAAAACCUCCGCAUCUUUGAAACCUUUUACAAUCGCAUGAAUGCGGAAGAGCUUAUGUGGCUCAUCCGCAUCAUUCUGAAGCAGAUGAAGGUGGGCGCUACCGAGAAGACGUUCCUAUACCUGUGGCACCCCGAUGCCGAGGCUCUUUUCAGCGUGUCAUCCAGUCUCAGGCGCGUAUGCUGGGAGCUUUACGACCCCGAGUUUCGACUCGAACAGGAUGAGGCGGGCAUUGCAGUUAUGCAGUGCUUCCAGCCACAGCUUGCCCAGUUCCAGAUGCCGGCCUCGUUCCAAAAGAUGAUUGAGCUGCUACGGCCGACGGAAGAUGACGCCGAGUUUUGGAUCGAGGAGAAGCUCGACGGCGAGCGCAUGCAGAUGCACAUGAUGGAGGACCCUAACCACCCCGGGGGUCGGAGAUUCCGCUGGUGGUCGAGAAAGGCCAAGGACUACACCUAUCUCUAUGGCGACGGCUUACUGGAUGAGAACUCCAGCUUGACGAGGCAUCUCAAGAACGCCUUUGCACCCGGCGUGCGUAACCUGAUUCUCGAUGGCGAGAUGAUCACCUGGGACAUGGGCGUGGACAAGAUUGUCCCCUUUGGUACUCUCAAGUCGGCUGCCAUCGCAGAACAAAGCAACAAGUCCGAAUCCAACGCGGCCGGCCACCGCCCGCUGUUUCGCGUGUUCGACAUACUGUAUCUCAACGACAAGCAGCUGACGCAGUACACCCUGCGCGAUCGCCGAAAUGCACUGCAAAAGGCAAUCAGGCCGGUCCAUCGCCGACUGGAAAUCCACGAAUACACGCCCGCCACCUCAGCCGAUGCCAUCGAGCCCCUUCUGCGCGAGGUCGUCGCCAACGCGUCAGAAGGCCUCGUGUUGAAGAACCCACGGUCCAUGUAUCGCCUCAACAGCCGCAACGACGACUGGCUUAAGGUAAAGCCCGAGUACAUGUCCGAGUUCGGCGAGUCGCUCGACUGCGUCAUCAUCGGCGGCUACUAUGGCUCGGGACGACGAGGAGGGAUGCUGUCGAGCUUCCUGUGCGGCCUCCGCGUCAGCCCGAACCACAUCCAGGCCGGCGCCAACCCAGAAAAGUGCUUCAGCUUCUUCAAAGUCGGCGGCGGCUUCCGCACAGAGGACUACGCCGAGAUCAGGCACCGAACAGACGGCAAGUGGAUGGAGUGGGAUCCCAAAAACCCGCCGUCCGAGUACAUUGAGCUGGGCGGCGGCGAGGCCAAGCAGUACGAACGGCCCGACAUGUGGAUUCGGCCAAAGGACUCCGUCGUGGUCUCUGUCAAGGCGGCCAGCGUCGGUCCGUCGGAUCAGUUCGCCCGGGGCUUCACCCUGCGAUUCCCUCGGUUUCGAAGACUACGACUCGACCGCAGCUGGGACACGGCCCUGUCUCUAGAGGAGUUUCAAGAGCUCAAGCAGAGGGUAGAAUCGGAACUCAAAGCGACCGAGAUGACAGUCGAAGACCGCAGGAGGCGAAACCCAAAGCGAAUCAAGAAAGAGCUCGUCAUCGCGGGCGACGACACAGCUCCUCCCCUAUUCGAAGGCAACAAGACGAAGCUCUUCGAAGGUCUCGAAUUCUGCGUCCUAUCCGAAUCGCUCAAGCCCUACAAAAAGACCAAACCACAGCUCGAAGCCAUCAUCAAAGAAAACGGAGGCUCAAUAUCGCAAAGAGCCGCCGCAGGCACGAGAAUGAUCCUCAUAGCCGACAAAAGAGUCGUCAAAGUCGCCAGCCUCAUCAAAGACGGCAACGCAGACAUUAUCCGGCCCCGCUGGAUCAGGGACUGUCUGGAGCAGCCCGACGGCGGAUUCUUGCUCCCGUACGAGCCGGGGCGGCAUAUAUUCCACGCGACGGACGCCCUGGCAGAAGUCGCUGCGCAGAACACGGAUCGGUACGGGGAUAGCUACGCGCGCGAUGUGGAUGUUGAGGAGUUGCGCGAGUUGAUGAGGGACAUGCCGAAGCUCGAGGACAGGCAGACGUUUGACAAGAUGCUGUUUCUGGAACAACUGGAGCAGCAUGGCAAGGACGUCGGUUCCCUGCGAAACUUUAUGUUUUCGCGCUGCAGGGUGCUGCUUUACCUCGUCGACGGCGCAAAGGAGAGCGCACGGGAUAAAUGGGAGAGGUACGUCCGCUACGGGGGCGGUUCCGUCAGCCGAGAUGCAGACGACGACUCGGUGACGCAUAUUGUUGUGCUGGGAGACGAUGUGAUGGAGGUUGGCGACGUGGGGGACAAGUUGCGGUCGAAGCUGAGUUCGAGGAGGAAGAUGCCGAGGUUGGUGAGCGAGGGGUGGGUGGAAGAGAGUUGGCGGGAGAGGACGCUUUUGGACGAGGAGCGGUAUGCUGUCUGA